AUGCCACCUCCCGUCGGCAGAUACGGGCCAUCUGGCCUGACUACUCCUUACACGCUACAGCAAGCUCACCUUCAAUCUCAGCACCCCGCACACGCACAGUCAGCCAAUAGCCUACCACCCCCUUCGCUUGGGCAUCCAGGCUUCGCGGGCAACCCCAACACCAACAUCAACCCUUUCACUCUGUCUGGCGCUAGCAUUGCAAAUGGUAUGGCUGUGGGUGGCUUCCCAGGGGCUGGUGCGAGUGAUGGUGGGGGCACCGGUCUUGCCAGCCAUGCAGCACAGAUGGGGUUCGCGCGCGGUGCGCAAAUGCAGCAGCAGCAAUUACAUCAGGGUCACGACGGUCGGUUAGCACUCGAGAACAAAGCUGGUGCAGUGAAGUCACGGAUAAGAGAUGUCUGGAAACACAACUUGGCACAUGAAAUGGCAGUGCUGAGACAGUUGGUUGACAAGUACCCAUACAUCAGCAUGGAUACUGAGUUCCCCGGAAUCGUUGCACGACCUAUCGGUUCGUUCUCGAAUAAAGCAGACUACCAUUACCAGACCCUCCGAUGCAACGUCGACCUUUUGAAGAUGAUUCAACUCGGUAUUACUUUGUUCAAUGAUGAAGGAGAGGUACCGCCAGCCUCAGGCACCGAUGCCAAUGGACAACCUUACGGCAAUGCAAUGAUGCCCGCACCUUGCACGUGGCAGUUCAACUUCCGGUUCUCACUAGAAGGAGACAUGUACGCCCAAGAAUCAACAGCAAUGCUCGCAAAAUCUGGAAUAGAUUUCCCCAUGCACGAAAAGAACGGAAUCGAUCCGUUUGAGUUUGGUGCUUUGCUGAUCAGCUCCGGGCUGGUGCUUCUGGACGAUGUUCAUUGGGUCUCUUUCCACUCUGGAUACGACUUCGGCUAUUUGAUGAAGAUUAUGCUCUGCUCUCAGCUCCCCGAGAACGAGGAGGAAUUCCACAAACUGCUCACCAUCUUCUUCCCUUCACUUUACGACAUCAAGUACCUCAUGAAGCACGCCGGACGCAACCAAGCCGUCAACGGCUCUCCUCUCACACCUGCUGCCGCUCAAAUACUCACCAACCUCGGGCAAAAAUCCGGCUUGCAAGACAUCGCUGAUGAGCUGGGCGUUAAGCGCGUUGGGAUUGCUCACCAGGCUGGAUCCGACUCCCUUGUUACUGGUGAGAUUUACUGGAAGACUCGCCAGCUCAUUUUCGGCGGCGCAAUUGAUGACGGCAAAUACUCUGGCCAGAUCUGGGGUCUCAACGGACAGAUGCCCGCAAUGGCCUACAACAUGGCUCAGCAAACCCCGAACCUGAACGGAGCCACUAUCUAUUCCGGCGGCACUCCCAGCACCCCCAACACAGGGUCCCACGGAACUGGCGCUCACACCCCUCAACAUCACGGAGCUGGCUAUAACACGACCCCGGGGGCUUUCCAGAUGGGUCGAGCAUAA